UGCGAAAAGAACCACAAAAGAGCGGUACAAUCACAUUGACAGCAGCCGAAUAUUUUAUUUCUAUCCAUAAAUUAAAUAAAAAUCUUGCAAUAAACAAAGAAGAACACAAACGGCAGCUAGAGAAUCAACAGGAAACAGGAGCGACAAUGGAAGCCGCAACCGCUGUUGCGGACUCCGCGCUGUCGCCCAUUAACAAACGGAACUUGGCAAAAUGUCGAGCGUGUCUAUCUGUGAAUCGAAAAACCGUAAAGUUAGACGCCGAAAUGCCAAAUCUGAAAAAGUCGCGGACCUACGGCCAGGGUCUAAGACAGUGCACCAACCUGGAAAUGAGGGCGGUCAGUCCCAGCGGCUACCACUGGCCCAUGCAGAUCUGUGUGCGGUGUUGCCGCGCCCUCGAGGUGUCAAUGCACUUUGUGGAAAUGGCUCUCGAGUCCAAUCUGAAGCUGUAUGCCGAAGCUAAAACGGUAAAGCUACCCAGUCCGCCGGGGGAGCUCAAGCGGAAGGCUAGCUCCGAGACGUUACAGUGGAAUCAGUUCAGUCAGGAGUUUGACAAAUUUGUGGAGAGCUACGAUGGUGUGCCGGGCCCAAUUGAAGAGAAUGUGCUGUAUAUGAGAGGUGCCAAAAUUCCGCGUCUGGAUGCGGAUGUGUCGGCCAAAAAGCCCCCGAAAGAGGAUGAAGUGAUUCUGUUUGAUGUCAAAUAUGACAACAACGAUCUGGAGGAGGAGGACGAGAAUGACGGCUCGGAUGCCAAGAACAAUGAGACCUUCUUUGAGAAUAGUAUUACGACGGGCUCCCCAUUGCCAGGCACUCUUCGGGCAAUCAAAUCCGUGGGCAGUCAAAGUGGCGAGAAUAAUAAUAAUUACAAAUUUAACUUGAACAACAACAAAAACGGCGACAUGUCCAGCUUCCCCGACGUCGAGUGCGACCUUAUACAACGCGCUCUGUACAUGACACUGAACGAUGAAGACGGCAGCAGCAACAAGGAUAGCGUGGCGCAGGAAGAGCAGGCCAUUGAGUCCAUUAAAAACCUUCUACUAAGUGAGAGUGAGAAUGUUGGCUCCGUUCAGGUGUCUUCUACCAGCAGCCCAGCCAUCAGGAAAGACAGCCCCGUCAUACCCGUGCUCAACUGCAGCAUUUGCAAGUACACUCACACCGAUUCGAAACAGAUCAGAAGUCAUUAUAUCGGCAUUCACAAGAUCGAUAUGGCCGAAGAUGAUAUCAUUGGAUUGACCAAUAAUCAAAGCUUCAAGUGUCGUCCCUGCAACAGCUAUGACACGAAGAUCAGGCAGGAAAUGCAAAAACAUUUGAUUCAUCAUCAUAAAAUUGAUGGGGAUUUCGAAAUGUACUGCUAUGUGCAGCAGAACUGUCCAGCUUGUCCUCGGGUAUUCAAGGAUCAGAGAUCAGCUCGAACUCACUAUACAAGAAUGCACACUCAGGCGGCGCGCGAACUACCCGAAUCGCACCCAUGCGGUGCCUGCGGUAAAGUUUUCAACCAAAAGGCCAGUCUGCAGGCGCACCAGCGAUUCUGCCAGCUGAAAGACCCCGUCCAAUGCACCUUCUGCGAUCAGAAGUUCAGCAGUCUGCGCAAGUACGAGAUCCAUUUGCAGCAGCUACAUUCAGUGGACACGCUGCAUGCAUGCGAAAUAUGCCAUAAGACUUUCAAGAGUGCCGACUUCCUGGCCGUGCACCGUAAGCGUCAUUCGGAGCGGCACUACCAGUGCGACAAGUGCUCCCUGAACUACAUCAACGCGGCCGAGCUCCGUGUCCACUACGAGCGUGCCCAUGUCAAUGACGACCAAGUCAGCUGCCUCAUAUGUGGCAGUCAGUUUCAAAACUUUGCCUUGAUGCGCGAGCACGAGAACAGGAGCCACCAGAAGCAGGUGUGGCGCUGCGAGAAGUGCAACUUUGAGGCCAAUUCGCGGGCUCGCAUGCGUCAGCAUCAAUUCGAGCACACCGCUUAUCCCUACAAGUGUGAACACUGCCCCGAGGAGUUCGCCGAUCGCAAAAAAAUCCGAUUACAUUCCAAAAAGGUGCACAGCAUCGAGCUGAGCGAUGAGCAGCUGGCCGAGAUGUUUCGCGAGCGGAUUGGCUAUACAAAUCGGCACGAUGCCUUCAACAAGAAUAAUAUGUCACUUGAGAUACCCGGAUUUAGCGAGGAUUGCUUUAGUGAGCUGAAGAGCUUGGGGGUUGACUACGACGACAUUACAACAGAUCUCUUCUCGAAUUCCAACACACUGGACGAACUGCUUGACUUGAUUCCCUGAACUGAGUACCGAUCCAUUUACCUGCAUAGAAGUGAUGUGAUGAUCCUGAAGCAUUAAACAAAACAAAAUAGCUAACGAGAGCUAUAAGACUGUAUCCAAUUUUACACCACACCAAGAAUCGACCGACAGAACGACAAAUUUCCAUUAACUAUUUUGCCCAGAGAACUCAGACCGAACCUGCUGCUGGCAUUCACAUUCACGUGUACUUCCGCACAGGGCACAUAGGAACCAAACCAUGAUAUUUUUGAAGUUACCAAUCUCAAUAAACCAUUAGAAAAGUGCUUCUGAAGCGCCCCCUA